CAGCCGCUGCGGGGACUCCGGCUCCCAGGCUCCCGGCGAGAUCCCCGAGCCCCGGCGGCUGGUGCUGGGAGCCCGGAGCCCGGGCUGCAGCCGGGAGAGGGGAAGCUCCAGCCGGGCCCUGCCCGCUGCUCCCCGGGAGCCUCUCCCAGCGCAGAGCCCCCAGCCCGGCCAGGGCCCCUUCCCGGCCCGGCCCCUGCCCCGGGGGGGCCCCGCUCGGAGGGAAGGCUGAGGAAUCAGGUCCACGUUUCACUAAAGAUCGGCCAGUCUUCCAGGGGACAGAGAAGGGAAAUGGCUGUGUUGGAGCCAGCUCAGAUGCCGGUGACCUUCGAGGAGGUGGCUGUUUAUUUCACCCAGGAGCAGGGGGCUCUGCUGGACCCCGCUCAGAGAGCCCUCUACAGGGAUGUCAUGCAGGAGAACUACGAGACGGUGACCUCGCUGGGAUUUCCCAUUCCCAAACCUGAGCUUAUCGCCCGGCUGGAACGAGGGGAAGAGCUGUGGGUGUCCGAUCUCCAGGAUUUGAAGGACAGAAGGCUUGUGAGAUGCACCAGCACAGCAGGUGCUGAGCGAGGGAGUGAGAACAAGGAGGGGAAUCAUCACGAGGCAGUUCCUGAGGAAGUGGAACCACAGGGGACCUUUUUGGGAAGAGCUGAAGGGAAUUUUUCCCAUUGCUGGAAUCAGGGAGAAGCCUGGGGAAAUUGGCACAGGUCAGAGAGGCUUCUGAUAAACCAGCCCAGGAAGAAAGUGGAUGAAUCUAUUAAUGGUGGGGGAGGAGACGAGAAUCCCAGAGAGCAGCAGACAAAUCCCAAGGAAGAGACACCCUGGCACUGCCUUGAGUGUGGGAAAGGAUUCAUUGUGAGAUCACAACUUGUUACACAUCAGACAGUUCAUACGGGAGAGAAACCAUUUCAGUGUUUGGACAGUGGGGAAAGCUUCAGUAAGCACACAGAUCUUAAUAACCAUGGGAGAAGGCACACUGUAGACAAGCCCAUUCAAUGCGUUGAAUGCGGGAAAUGUUUCAGUUCAAAGUCAGCACUAAAUUCACAUGAGAAAAGCCACACAGGAGAGAGACCCCAGAAGUGCUUGGACUGUGGGAAAAGUUUCACAUGGAGGAGGGCGCUUGUUAGACAUCAGAAAAUCCAUACAGGAGAGAGACCCCACAAGUGCUUGGACUGUGGGAAAAGUUUCACAUGGAGGUCGGCGCUUGUUAAACAUCAGGUAAUCCACACAGGAAAGAGACCCCACAAGUGCUUGGACUGUGGGAAAAGUUUCACAUGGAGGACGGCGCUUGUUAGACAUCAGAAAAUCCAUACAGGAGAGAGACCCCACAAGUGCUUGGACUGUGGGAAAAGUUUCAUAUGCAAGGCAGAUCUUGCUCAUCAUCAGGCAAUCCACACAGGAGAGAGACCCCACAAGUGCUUGGACUGUGGGAAAAGAUUCAUACAAAGGUCAUGCCUCGUUCUACAUCAGGCAAUCCACACAGGAGAGAGACCCCACAAAUGCUUAGAUUGUGGGAAAAGUUUCAAAAGAAAGUCAUACCUUGUUCAUCAUCAGGCAGUCCACACAGGAGAGAGACCCCACAAGUGCUUGGAUUGUGGGAAAAGUUUCAUAAGAAAGUCAAACCUUAUUCAACAUCAGGCAAUCCACACAGGAGAGAGAGCCCACAAGUGCUUUGACUGUGGGAAAAGUUUCAUGCAGAGGUCACACCUUGUUCAACAUCAGGCAAUCCACAAAGGAGAGAGACCCCACAAGUGCUUGGACUGUGGGAAAAGUUUCAAGCAGAGGUCAUACCUUGUUAAUCAUCAGGCAAUCCACAAAGGAGAGAGACCCCACAAGUGCUUGGACUGUGGGAAAAGUUUCAUGCUGAGGUCACACCUUGUUCAUCAUCAGGCAAUCCACAAAGGAGAGAGACCCCACAAGUGCUUGGAUUGUGGGAAAAGUUUCAUAAGAAAGUCACACCUUGUUCAACAUCAGGCAGUCCACACAGGAGAGAGACCCCACAAGUGCUUGGACUGUGGGAAAAGUUUCACAUGGAGACCGGCGCUGGUGAAGCAUCAGAGAAUCCACACAGGAGAGUGACUCUAUAAGUGCUUGGACUGUGGGAAAAGUUUCACAUGGAGAUCAGAUCUCGUUCAACAUGGAAGAAUCUACACAAGAGAGAGACCCCCACAAGAGCUUAGACUGUGGGAAAAGUUUCAGACACAGAUCAUACCUCAUUAAAAAUGGGAGAAUCCACACAGGAUGGACGUGGUCCACUCCCAAUGACUGAUGAGGAGGGGUCAAUACCAACAAAGGGAAAAUUGCUUUUGUAGUGAGCCAGCCACUCCCAGUCCCUAUUCAGGCCCAAAUUGAUGGUGUUAAGUGUGCAAAUGAAUUGUAGCUCUGGAGUUUCUCUCUGAAGUCAGUUUUUGAAGUUUUUUGGUUGAAGGAUGGCUACCUUUAAAUCUGUUAUUGAAUGUCCAAGGAGAUUGAAAUAUUCUGCUACUGGCUUUUGUAUGUUACCAUUCCUGAUGUCAUAUUUGUGUCCAUUUAUUCUUUGACAUAGAGACUGUCCGGUUUGGCCAAUGUACGUGGCAGAGGGGCAUUGCUGGCCCAUGAUGGCAUACAUCACAUUGGUAGAUGUGCACGUGAAUGUGCCCCUGAUGGCGUGGCUGAUAUGGUUGGGUCCUAUGAUGGUGUCGCUAGAGUAGAUCUGGGGACAGAUUUGGCAAUGGGAUUUGUUGCAGGGAUUGGUUCCUGGGUUAGUGUUUCUGUGGUGUGGUGCUGGUGAGUAUUUGCUUCAGAUUGGGAGCUCUCUGUAAGCGAGGACUGUCCUGCCUCCCAUGGUCUGUGAGAACGAGGAAUCGUUUUCCAGGAUAGGUUGUAGAUCGUUGAUGAUGUGCUGGAGAGGUUUUAGCUGGGGACUGUACAUGAUGGCCAGUGGUGUUCGGUUAUUUCCCUUGUUGGGCCUGUCCUGUAGAAGGUGACUUCUGGGUCUCCAUCUUGCUUUGUCAGUCUGUUUCCUCACUUCCCCAGGUGAGUAUUGUAGUUUUAAGAAUGCUUGAUAAAGAUCUUGUAGAUGUUUGUCUCUGCCUGAGGGAUUGGAGCAAAUGCGGUUGUAUCUUGGGGCAUGGCUGUAGACAAUGGAUCGUGUGAUGUGUCCUGGAUGGAAGCUGGAGGCAUGUAGGUAAGUAUAGAGGUCAGUAGGUUUCCAGUAUAGGGUGGUAUUUAUGUGACCAUCACUUAUUUGCACUAUAGUGUCCAGGAUCUCUUGUGUGGACUGGUCCAGGCUGAGGUCGAUGCUGGG